GAGGCACAUCUCGAGCUAGUCAGUUCAUCCGGUGAUCCAUUCUGGAUCGCAAGAAGGUCGAUCUUUAUUUUACAAUUCCUUAGAAAAUCAAACUCACUUUUUAUUAUUAAUGUGACGAGUUAGUAGAGUUCUGAUCAGAGUUGUUAGAGACUUGUGUUAAUUUUGCAACUGUUCUGUUUAUCUUUUGAGGACUUUUUGUUAAGAGGUGGCAAUCAGUGAUCAAAUAUUUGAAGAAGUGUGAUAGGUAUAUAUGUUGUUCUGGGUUAAAGAAUUUGUUGAUUUUUCGAUCUUUCACUGAAGGACAGGACAGAUGAUAAGGAUUGAAGAAAACACGUGAGAAACUGGAAAAAAGAGGCGAAGAAUUUGUUAAUUUCGAACUUUGCAGGCAGGAAGAAACAAAAUAAGUGAUUCUUAAAUUUGAAAAUAUUGUUUUUCAUUGAUACUGUUUGGAUCCUUUGGAGAAGAACUACUAGAUGAACAAUCUCUCUUCAAUUGUAUCCAGAAUUCUAGAAAGAAGAAAGAAGUUUUCAAUUCUCAUUAAUACGAAAGAAUUAGCUUCACCUCUCUGCAGAACGUCGGCAUCAUCAGGAAGAAAAGAUCAGCAAUAAUUGAUGGAAUCAUUUUUUCAUCAAUCAAGGAUCAUAUAUUGGUGAAGAUAGAAUGAAGUUUGAACUUUUUGAAAAGCUUCCUCUAAUCGCGCCUGAGAAUUGAACUAUUUGUGAAUGAUUCUGGACAUUGAAGCAGUGACAAGAUCAAGAAGGAAAAAUAAAAGUGCACAUAAUGCUGUUCAAAGGUAACAGUUCGAGAUUGGAACUGUUGAUUGGGAAAAUCCAGGCGCAUAAGGAACCUCAAUCACCACCAAGGGACGAAAAGUGCCUCUCCAACCCUAAAGAGGCACUGGGAACCGGAAGUUCGUCCUGGCACAGCGAAGACGGAAGACCGACUUCCCGAAAAGGGGAAGAAACGCCAUCUUCUUGCGCAACUCCUACCUCCGCCAGUUUUCCCUCGGAACCGGAAGUGGAAACUGAUAUUGGUCUCACAGCCGAUGGAAGUAAUCCUGCCACUCCAUAUCCUUGCCAAUUUUGUGACCGAAUGUUCCCCAGGUUAAGCUACCUCAAAAAGCAUGAACAGAGCCAUGGUGACCAGAUGCCAUACAGGUGCAGUUGGUGUGCAAGAUUAUUUAAACAUAAAAGAAGCAGAGAUCGACACGUGAAAUUACACACAGGCGACAGGAGAUAUCGAUGCUCGCAUUGCGAGGCUGCGUUCUCGAGAAGUGACCACCUGAAGAUCCACAUGAAAACACACGACACGCAGAAGCCUUUCCAAUGCACAUCAUGUUCCCGAGGCUACAACACAGCAGCAGCUUUGACAUCCCACAUGCAAUCCCACAAAAGACACCAAAACUCCCAAGGAUUAAAACUAGAAAUGGAUUUUGGACGCAGAAGUGUUUCCUCUCAUAGUACAGCAUCACCUCCUAUUCCCAAUUCACCAUCUCCGAGUCUGAAUUUAACCCUAAGCCACAAAACCUCCCUAAAGUCCCAGGCUAGUGCUUCCAAUACCCCAAUCCUAUCAUCACCUUUAAAACUAGCCUGCAUGUACUGUACUCGAGAUUCCUUCACCAGCAUGCAGCAACUUCAAAUGCACGUUCACACAAUGCACCAAGCAAUCCUAAGUGGAGAAAAUCUGAUGCCAUCUCCAAGCCAAACCCUAGAACUAUCAAACUCUAGAGACAAAUCUGAUCGUCAAGAACGAACCUUAAGGGAAGACCUUUUAUACGAGAAAAAGUUUCCAGAAGUUAGAUCCCUGGAAGAAAAAGACAUCUUCGACUCAGGAUUUUCCUGUGGGCAAUGUACCAUGAAGUUUUCUUCUUCAAAUUCCCUCAGAGACCAUCUGAUUUCCAUCCAUCGAACUAAUGCUUUUGGAUCAUUGAUGAUGUGCCCCAUCUGUGGAAUUCCCUGUUCUUCAGCAGCUGCCUAUGCAGAACACUAUGUCCUCCAACAUUGUGAAAAUAGAGGAAUAUCGGCUGAAGGUCGAGAAUAUAGUGACCCAAAGAUAAACGGAUCCUACGACAGCAAGGAAGCAAGAACUGCAAAAAUAUCAAAGGAUCUAAACUCGGAACCAGCUGAUUUAACCAAACACUCAAAAAUUAACGAAAAUUAUUCAGCAGGGACUUUACUAUGUGGACAAUGUGGUGCAGCUUUGAAAGAUUUUGAGUCUUUUAGAGAACACCUCGCAAGACAUCUCCAAGCCGAUCAGAGGAAUGAAGUUCCAAGGAAUCCGUGUCCAAAAUGUGAAGCUUCCUUCCAGGAGCGAGAGGAUAUGAUGGUCCAUUUGACGAAGCAUUUUCUGGGACAAGUUACAAAAGAAUACGCCUGCAGUGCCUGCAAGAAAUUUUACCCCCAUCCUGAUCUUCUUCAGAGGCACCUGCUUGAUUCCCAUGCUCAUCAUCUUUACAGAUGUGCCCUUUGCAGAGACACUUUUGACUCUAGGGUAGCAAUCCAGGUUCAUUUCGCUGUAAAACACAGUCAAGAAUGUCGGAUUUACAGAUGCAAUGUGUGUUCUGGGUCAAACAAUGAAAAUUCCCCUGGGAAUACUCCUGGUGAAAACAGGAACUUUUUCAGAAGCGAAGCUGAGAUGGCGAACCAUGUUAGAACUGUCCAUGCUCCUCCGUCCAUUGUUAAUGCAAGUUCUCUCCCUAGGAGUCCUGUAUCGACUCCAGGAAUAACGAACACAAACCCUAGGUGUGUUUUUUGUGGGAUUUCCUGUUCCUCCGACUUGGAUCUUCAGCUCCACUUGGCAAGCCACUCCACAAGUUUGUACCGAUGUCCCAUUUGUCGGGAGGGAUUUGCUGUUGAAUUUUUAUUAGACAGACACAUUGCACAGGCUCAUCAUGCUAAUGUUCAUCCCAGCACUCCAAGAAGUCAAACUAGGGAAAAUGGAAGGAUACAUCGACCUUCGAGAUCUCAGGAAGAUUCUGUCACUUUAGAUGUAAGGGAACUGAGGGAUCAACGAGAGCAGAGGGAUCAGAGGUCCCUGAAACGAGGAAGAUCCCCUGCCUCUAGUAACAACAAUUCCUUGAACCAAAGGGACAAUAACAACAAGAGACCAAGUUUUGGAACUACCCAACAAUGUGAGCUUUGUGAAAGAGGGGAAUUCGCCAACGAUGCUGAACUACAAGCUCAUAAAAAAUUAGCCCACACUCCUGCAAAGGUUUCAGGAAAAUCUUUAUCGGCUCUGAGCAUGACUUGUGCAUAUUGUGGAGAGGUUUGUCGAUCGAGAAGUGAAUUAGAAUCACACACAAGAAUACAACAUGCAACUAAUGAUCAUGGAGGUCGUCACAAGUGCAACAUCUGUGAUGAAGUUUGUCCCUCUGGAGCAACUUUGGCUGAACACAAACUACAGAAACAUUGUAAGAUUCAGCUGAGUGAUGUAUGCAUUGUUUGCAGAGGAAGUUUGUCUUCUGAAUCGCACUUUAUGGAACAUGUUCAGAGACACAGUUUGGAAAGUGUUGAUCCUCAGCAGAGGUUGGACAGUUCAGUGCCUCAUCUUCCUGCACCUUGCGUGGUUUGUAGACAAACUUUGAUCAGUGAUUUGGAGUGUAGGCUUCAUGCGAGGCAUCAUCUGAGAUCCAGUGGUGGUUCCCAGAGGUCAGACUCGAGUCCGAGUCCUAAUCAGAAGACUCAGAGUCACAGUUGCUGUCUUUGCCUCAGAGAGUUUAAUGGAGAGGAGUUUGUUAGUUUGCCUUCAAAUCAUUCCAGUAGUGGUAGUCAGACAUUAAGAGUUUGUAGAGCUUGUUAUGUGAGGCAUUCGCAGGGACUUCCAAUUUUGAACUCACCUUAUGAGCAUGCGAAGACUAGCCAGACUGAAUUAUGGAUGAAGGAGUCACAUUGGGAUGGAUGUAGGGAGAGGUCGGAUGGUGAAAGGAGUUUUAAAAUGGAAGGGAGGAAUUCGAAUGAUGGAGGAGGAUCAAGUGAUGGAAGAAGAUGUGAUGAGUGUGGAGUAAAGUUUGAAGAUCCGGAGGAGGCUGAGAAACAUAGGCUUGCUGAACAUGAAAAACCUGGAACUUAUACUUGUAUUCAGUGCCAGGUGUCUUUCCCAACAGAGGCUAAAAUACAGGAGCACGUUAAAAAAGAACAUCUUGAGUCUUCUGGGAAAACUUCCUUGGAAGCUUUGCGUUGUCAUCUCUGUUUAUUUGGUGCCAACAGUCCUCUACAACUUCAGAGUCAUCUUAUAGAACACACUUUUGCCGGAUGUACUGCCCUCAGUUGUUACAUUUGUCAGGCCCUGUUUACAGCGCCAAUUGGACUUCAGAAUCACAUGCUCCAGCAACAUGGUCUUGGUGCUCGACCUUACGAUUGCAGUCACUGUGGUCUGAAGUUUUUCUUCAGAGCUGAACUUGAUCAUCACGUGGCUGUUUUUCAUUCUACACGGGAUAACAUUUCAUCUCCUCAAGACAGAAAAACACAGAAUGAAAUUCAAGAUUCUGAAAAACAUACUGAAGCUUCUGAUAAAUUGACCAUCAAAGAAGAAAUUCGGCAAAGUGAAGAUGAAGAUAUCAAUGUAGAUAUUAACAGUAAGUCCGAAAAACUGGAAAAAGGAUCUCGAAAUCUCGAGUCUGAAUCUGAAGAAAUCCGAACCGAACUUUCCAAGUCUGAAUCAGAAUAAUAAUAAUCGCUUUGGAUUCGAUUCGUUCCAAAGCUUCAUUGUAAAUUUGAUUUUAAAUUGGAUUUUUUAUUUUACUGGUUGAUGUUAUCAAACCUUUUGGCAUCUUUUAAAGAGGGAUGAUUAUUUUUUAGAUUUUCUGAUAAGAUUAUAAAUUUAUUUUGUAUAACUAUAAGGAAAAUUCAAUUGUACAUAUUCUGUCUUCCUCAAUUAUGGACAAAGCAUAUAAGUAUAAAAAUUGUAAUCGAAUUACAAUCACCUUAAGAAGGCUCCAGUUUUUAAGAUGUAGGCUUGUAAAGUUAAGCAGAUUACGCUCAAAUUAUUGGAAAAGUUGGAAUUAAAACAAAGCAUGCGUAAUACUUUUUAAUAAACAAAUUAUACCGGUUAAAAUUUGUAUUUAUAUGUAAAGAUCAUUCAUUGUAGCAUUUUUAUUUAAAAAUGGAUUUUUAACUUCGAUUAAAUCCAGUUAUAAUAUAUUGUAUAUAUUUAUAUCGUUUUUAAAAAAACGUUAAAAUUCUUUUUGCAGGCAAACCGCCUUUGUUUCAUGAUAGUAUUAUACGUUUAGAAUUGUUUAAUAGGUGGCGAUGGUUUUAUUAUAAUUAAUGCUUAGAUUAUUACGUUAUGGUAAUUACGACUACAUUAUUAUAUUUAAUUGAAUAUGUUAUGAUUAUUCUUACAUUAUAAUUUCAAUAAUAUUAUAUUAUUAAAUUACUAUUGCUAUUAUCGUCAUCAUUAUUGCCGUAAUUACAAGCGAUCGUUAUACAAAUAUUUUCCACUUGUUACGUUUAAUUUAAUUAUAUACGAUCUGCUGUACAUAUUGAAAUUCAUCGUCAUAAGUAUUCACUUUUUUGUGAAAUCAUUAUGCGUUCUCUCCUUUUUUUAUUUGAAAUUUAUUCUGCAGUUUAGCGAUUGCAGUGCUGUACAUUUUUUACUUCUUGAAAAUAAAAAAACUUCGAAAGAAAGGAGAAACUCAAGAAUAUGAAGCGAAUCCCACGAGUUCAAAUAACAUGAUUCAGUCAAGCUCAACAAUCUUGAUAUUAUUCGAUGAAGCGCUGAGUAACUUGUAACGACGUUUGAACAAAGAUGCAAUAAAUUGUCCACUAUGAUUAGUA